AUGGGCUCAAUAAUCUCUCAAUUUUGCGACUUUUUUGAAAAAAUCUGGCAAUUGAUUUUUGAAGGAAAAGAAAAGCGUCUCCUUAUGGUUGGACUUAAUGCAUCAGGGAAAACCGCCAUUCUAUAUCAGCUUAAACUAGGUGACGCUGUAUCAACAAUUUCAACAAUUGGGUUUAAUGUCGAAACCAUCAGACAUAAGAAUGUAAGAUUCAAUAUCUGAGAUGUCGGAGGAGACCAAAAAAUUCGGCCUUUAUGAAGGCAUUAUUAUCAGGGCACUGAUGGGCUAAUUUUUGUCAUUGAUGGGACUGAUAGAGACAGAAUUGGGGAAGCAAAUGAUGAACUUCAUAAAAUUUUCGAUAGUGAAGAUAUGAAGGAAAUUCCUUUACUGAUUUUUGCUAAUAAGCAAGACUUGCCUGGAGCAAUGCGUGUUUCAGAAAUUGUGGAAAGAUUAAACCUUUAUGGAAUUAAAAAUAGAGAGUGGUAUGCUCAAGGAUCAUGCGCAAUUAGAGGAGAAGGACUUUUUGAAGGAUUAGAAUGGCUUGGAUCGAUAUUUAAAGCUCAGAGGAAAAAACUGUUAUUAGAAGCUUAUCGCAGAAAGAACUAG